UCCAUGUCUGUCUUAAAAUCCUGGAAGGUCGCUGAUUUCACCAAACGCGGAGAUAACUAUGCCAGUGAUGUAACAAGUGUACAAGUCAAAUAUUCCAUGAAUGAUAAGGAAGAUAGUGAGGUCACCUAUGUUGUAAAGCUGAAUCCUCAUAGGAAUUUUGGAGAAUUUCAAGAAGCAGAACCAUUUCUCUUUGAAAAGGAAGGCAAAUUUUAUGAAGAACUUGUGCCAGCAUUGAAUGAAGUUCUGAUGUCUGCAGGCCAAAAGCCUCUUCGCUUUGCGAAGUGUUUCCUUGUUUCCUUAGAAGAGGGAAAAGAACAACUUUAUCUUGAAGAUCUAAGAGCGAGGGAUUUCAAAAUGUUUGACAGGAGGAAAGGUAUGGAUGAAUAUCACAUUGCUCUCGUCAUUUCCGAGCUUGCCAGACUGCAUGGUGCAUCUUAUCUCCUGACAAAGAAGGUUCUGAAAGGAGAGUCUGCUGAAGCAAGAUAUGAAUUUCUAUCAAAGGACUUUUUAGAUUUCACCCCAAAUACCAAAGAAAUGUUUGUGUCAUGGAUGCAGAGAUGUGUUGAUACUGGGGUAAUAAUGUUGGAUAGAAUUGGUGGUUAUGAGACUGCCAGUGCUUGGUUGAAGUCCUUCAGAUGUGAAGUUGAAAAUAUUUUAUCUUCAGGAAUACAAAGUACAAGAUUCAGCAGCAUAUGCCAUGGGGACUGCUGGAACAACAAUCUUCUGUUUAGAUAUAACACUGAAGGUCGUCCAGUGGAAGUUAUGUUGUUAGACCUUCAGAUGUGUCGUGAAGCUUCUGCUGCAAGUGAUCUGAAUUACUUGCUGUGGACAAGUGUUAACGGAGAUGUGAGGAAACCAAAUCUCCAUCGUUUCCUGUCUCUAUAUCAUUCAACUUACAAAGAAGUCCUACAAGGGGGCGAUAUGCCAAUGCAUUUUACUAUAGAAGAACUCAUGGAGGAAUACAGGGACAAGCAUAAGUAUGGACUGAUCUUUGCCUUGGGUAUCGUACCAAUGAUGUUGACAGAACCGGAUGAAGUUCCAGAAAUGUCAGACACAGACUUUGAAACUCUUAUGAAUGGUUUCAGGGAAGUAUCUCUAGAAAAGCUCAAAACAAAUCCCUUGUGUAAACCUCGCUUCCUGUCAGUUUUUGACGAGUUUAUGGAAACAGGUGUCAUCUCAUGAUUUUUGCUGUAGAUCAGAUCUAAUUUCAUCAAUGAAUGAUUCACUGAAGACAUGGCAUGUCAAAUCUAUUUGAUAUUUUUAAUUUCAGAUUUCUGCAAGUGUAUUAAUUCAGUUUUACUAAACCAUGCAAUAUGUUGAGAAAACAGAUGUGUACCAAUUAUCAACAUUCUUAGGUUUUCCAUUAUGGUUUAAUCAGAAUAAUCUAAUUUAUUCCUCCAAUAGAAUCACUUCGUUUUUUGUCUUAGAUAGCUGUUCCUUCUGUGUCUGCACUAAAAAAUGCUCUAAGCAUAUCCAUCAUAGAUUAAAUAAUAUUCUAAUACUUCUAGUAAUGACUCCCAUUCAUAAUAAGUUACCAAGACCAGUUUUAAUUAUUAAAUGACUCUUUCCACAUUGUCUCUGUUUUUACAUUUUAACAAAAUUUUCCUUCGACAUACUUAUUGUCUUUUCUCUAUAUACUUUAGAAUUUGGUACCAAAAAUUUAAGAUUGACCGAAAAUUAACAGAAGUUACCUUUCGAAAGCCAGUUUUCUUAAGAUGUUUUACAAACAGAAUUAUCUAUAGUAUGUCAAGAUUACAGUGGAAUUCACAAACAGCUACUUUUAAGUAUCACAAACAGCGAUGGAGGCUGGUAAUGGAGGUCGGAGUAGCCUGGGGGGGGGGGGGGGGGGUGGUGGCGCUGCGGGACAAGGAGAUUGAGGCAAGUGGAUUUUCAACAAUUAGCUGACAUCAGUAUGGUGUAGGUUUACAUGUCAAGUAAAUAGUGCAAAUGUUGACGAGCAACUUUCAUUUGUAAUCACUGGAUUCAAGUUCACUUUGUCCUGCUGCCUCAUCACAGAAUUCAGAAUUAAGGGUCAUGACUAGAUAUAUUCCCAUGAGUGGUGUCUGAAGGAGAGGAAAGAUUCUUUAAAUAAAUUUGAAAUCACUGAUAGGUGUCUAAUGAAUAAGCCUACCAUUGGUGGAGGGGAGAUUUAGUUUUACCUUUUUUUUUUAUCGAUGUCCAAUGAAUAGCACUGAUAAGGAGGGAAAGGAAUUCAGUGAUGCAUGCAUUUUUUUCUUCAAAAUCUAAAUAAUACAAUUGACUGGGAGGUGGUUUAUUCACAUUGGCCUAAUCGUACCAUACUCCUCUAUGCUAACCCCACCCCCCCCCCA